GUUUUCAUUCGGACUUUCUUUAUUUUUUCCCCCUUUAUAAUCUGUCCUAACCUUUCUAUUAUUUUUCAAAUCCCGCCUUCUUCUUCUUUUUCUUGUUUUCAACACCCAUUCUUUUCUCUUUUCGCAACACUUUCUCAGGAUCCCUGCAACUCGCCUCAAAAAAGAGGAAAAAGAAGGCGUGCAAAGCUCAUCACUAAUGAAGAAGAUUGUGCUGAAGCUGGAUUUGCAUGACGACAAAGCCAAGCAUAAGGCUUUCAAAACAGUCUCAACUCUUUCAGGAAUUGACUCCAUUGCCAUGAAUAUGAAAGCGAAGCAAUUGACGGUGAUCGGAACGGUUGAUGUUGUGAACGUGGUGAGCAAAUUACGCAAGAACUGGUCGACCAGUAUAGUAUCGGUCGGGCCAGCGAAGGUGCCGGAGAAGAAGGAAGAGCCAAAGAAGGAGGAGCCAAAGAAGGAAGAGCCAAAGAAAGAAGAGGAACCCAAAAAGGAAGAGGAGCCAAAGAAGGAAGAACCGAAAAAGGAAGAAGAGCCGAAGAAGGAAGAAGAUCCGAAGAAGGAAGAAGAGCCGAAGAAGGAAGAGGAGCCUAAGAAGGAAGAGGAGCCGAAGAAAGAAGGAGAAGCCAAGAAAGAGGAGGAAGAGGAGAAAACAGCAGCCGCAGGUGGACCCGGUUUUGGAGCUUGUCAAGGCGUACAGAGCAUACAAUCCACAGAUGACCACUUACUACUAUGUUCAAAGCAUGGAAGAGAAUCCAAAUGCUUGUGUUAUUUGUUAAAGGCAAACCAAGGAAAAGAGUCUGUGUAUAUAGAUGGAUGGUGAUGGUGACCUGGUAAUGUAAUCCGUUUUGGUUUUAAUGUAAUAGUUAAGGUGUUGUAGAGUGAAUAAAUGGAAACUUUGAACUUGUUUUGAGUUUUGAUCAACCA